AAUCGGCGGCGGCGACGCAGCCAGGGCUGCGGGCAGCCAAUCCGCGCGCCGCUUGGUGACCGCAGGGGAGGCGAGCGGCAAGAUGGCGGCGCCGGGAGAGGCGGCGGCCGUGGCGGCUCCCUCACAGCCCGAGGUGGCCGCGGGCUCGGCCGCCUCCGCCGUGGUGCUGCCGGAGCGGCUGCAGCGGCGGGAAGCGGAGCGGCAGCAGGGCGUGGAGCGGCAGCGGCAGAAGAAGGAGGCGCAGGUAGUGAAGGAGGAGCAGAGCGAGUUCUUCCUGGCCGCCUUCGCCCGGGAGCGGGAGGCCGUGGAGGCGCUGCUGGCGGCGGGGACGCUGGAGGAGGCGGCCGCCCGCCUGCAGGCGCUGCAGAAGCUGCUGACGGGCAGCGUGCGGUUCCUGGCGCCCUACGAGGUGCGGCAGGGGCAGGAGACCGUGGCGCGGCUGCAGGGGGACCUGGCGGCGCGGCGGCAGCAGCUGCAGCCCAAGAAGAAAUUCGCCUUCCGCGCCCGCAAGAAAGAAGCGGCCCCGGGCAGCGCCCCGCGCCCCGCCGAGCCCGCCCCGCCGGACCCCGCCGCGCCCGGGCCCGGCCUCGCCGAGGGCGAAUCGGGCGGGCCGCCGCUGUGCGGGUUCAGCGGCGCCCAGGACGAGGAGCUGGAGCUCGGCCCCGCGGAGCUGCUGCAGCGGGACGUGCUGCUGUCGGAGCUGCGCGGCUGCCGGGUGCGGCUCCGCGGCAACCCCAACACGCUGCGGGUGCGCGACUGCAGCGGCUGCACCGUGCUCUGCGGGCCCGUGUCCACCUCCGUGCUGGUGGACGGCUGCAGCGACUGCCUGCUGGCGCUGGCCUGCCAGCAGCUCCGCACCCACCGCACCCGCCACUGCCGGGUCUACGUGCAAGUGACCAGCCGGGCCGUAAUCGAGGCCUGCUCUGAGGUCUCCUUCGCCCCCUACUCCUGGAGCUACCCUGGUAUCGAGCGAGAUUUCGAGUCGUCUGGGCUGGACAGAAACAGUAACAACUGGAACCUGGUGGAUGACUUUGACUGGCUGGCGACUGACAGGCCUUCGCCCAACUGGAGCCUGAUCCCCGAGCAGGAAAGAAUCACUAGCUGGGACUGACUGCGGAGGCAGCUCUGCCGUGCAAGAGAUCCUCGUGUAAACGCACUGAUCCACAAACUGUUGGACUUAAUCCCCAAUAUGCCGUUAAAUGAUUCCAUUCUGUAUUCAAAUUUCGAAUUAUAAUAUAUGGCUGGAUUUCUUAGUUGAAGCAUACCAGUCAAAUAGAGUUUACUGUUCCUGCACAAGUUGCUGCUAUGAUCUGUAUGUAUCACUGUGGGAUUUGCCAAUUUCUGAAGUACCUCAUUGUGAGUUAAAACUUGUUACGGUGGGACAAAGGCCACUGAUACACAAACAACAGUGAGUCUCUGUUAGAGCUGUUGUGCUGCUUUCAUUCACUCAGGCAGACUCUGAAUUAGCUGCAAGUAGUGCAAACUUUACUGGACUGAAAAGAUCAAAUACCAGAUUUCCUACAUUUGUGUGGUUCUCAUGUUCUGAUGGCAGCACAGUGUAUCUUAGUGUAUCCCCCUAGUGUAUCUAGGAGUGCAGGGCAGUACUGCUGUGAGGUAAUGGGGUGAAAAAAGGUUCAUUUAAAGGGAGAGUUUGUAACUGAGCUGCAUCCUAGGCUGUGGUACAACGAUGAGCCGGUUUCUGCUGAUUCAGGUUAAAUCUGUAAGUUGGCUUGAGGCUUUAAUUUCAAGUGAGAGAAGUCUAAAGGAAAAAAGUGUUCCAAUAAACAUCUAAUGCUCUCCUAAUGUAUUGAUUACUCGAAGUUCAGAAACCUAUGGAGUCUGUGUAAAUACUAAAGCUUCACAAUCUGUAAAUGCCAUGUGAAAGGAUGCUGCUUCUGUAAGCAGCUCGGAGGCACCCAGCAAGUGCUGAUGAACAUCACAGAAGCUGGGUUAACUGCUCCUCUGCACCCUGAAGCUUCGGGGCAGAGGUGUUCAGGGAUAUCCCACUAGUUUUCCAGACAACAGGCUUUGUGUGCUGUGAUCCUCAUUUGCAGCACUCUGUUGCUGCAUGCGUGCAGUGUUGGCAGAGAGAGUCAGUAAAACAGAAAGAUGAGGUGCUAUAUUCCAAUUCCAAAUUUGCAUGUUACCUUGCAUAAAGGGCAGAAUAAUUUAAGUCUCUUCACUCCUGCUAAAUAAUAAUGAAGAAGUAGCAGCACUGUGGAAUGCAGUGUCUUUACAGUGCCCUGUUAGUGGUGCUGAAGUGACCACUGUCCAUAUAUAAAGUAUACAUAGCAGUUUUAGGUUUCUAAAACCCCUCCUUAACUUGUGACAUUUUUCAAGAAAUAAUUGUUUAUCUUGCCUUAGCAUAAAGCUUUAUUGUAAAACUUAAAAUUCUUUAUGCUGUGCAGCCAUCAUCUAUGUGCCUCUAACAGACCCUAAAUCCUAGCUGAACCAUCAAAAACUGCAUCGCUGCCAGGAGGAGUACCUGAAACUUCCCUUAGGUGCUUGUCUGGUUUUGAGCAGAAAAUGUUUUUUUAUAAGUUGUUUUCAACAUAUUUAAUUUAAAGGGGGAGGGCAAAAGGGAUUUUUUUUUAAUAUUUCUGACAAGUUUCAGUUUUGUUUACUUCUGUUAAUGUAUAAUUUUUGACUGAAUUGGAUUUUGCAUUUCAAAUAUACUUGUUUUGAAUUA